CAGUCAGUCAGUCUGUGUGGGGGGUUGGGGUGGGGGGGCAGGAGGAUGGUGCACUGAUGCUCUCGCUCGGUCCCAUUUUCCCCCCAGGCUGGUAGAAUAAAUGAUAGAAGACACCAUGACUCUGUUGUCUCUCUUAGGCCGCAUCAUGCGCUAUUUUCUCCUGAGGCCGGAAACUUUGUUCCUCCUGUGCAUCAGCCUGGCCCUCUGGAGCUACUUCUUCCACACGGACGAGGUGAAGACCAUCGUCAAGUCCAGCCAGAACGCGGUCAAGAUGAUGAAGGGGAAGGUGGUGGAGAUCAUCCAGAACGACCGGUUCGGGGGGCUGGACGUGCUGGAGGCAGAGUUCUCCAAGACCUGGGAGUACAAGACCAACAACGUCGCGGUGUAUUCCAUCCAGGGCAGGCGAGACCAUAUGGAGGAUCGGUUCGAAGCGCUCACCGAUCUGGUCAACAAGACUCACCCUUCCAUAUUCGGGAUCUUUGACGGACACGGGGGAGAGUCCGCUGCGGAGUAUGCAAAGCUACAUCUCCCCGAGGCUCUGAAACAACAUCUUCAGGAAUAUGAGAAAGAUAAAGAGAAUAGUGUGUUUUCACACCAGACUAUCCUUGAACAGCAGAUUCUGGCAAUAGACCGCAAACUACUCGACAAACUCUCAGCAGCUUACGACGAGGCAGGUACAACAUGUCUCGUAGCUUUGCUGUCUGACAAGGAGCUAACUGUCGCAAACGUUGGAGAUUCACGAGGCGUACUGUGUGACAAGGAUGGAAAUGCAGUUCCGCUUUCACACGACCACAAGCCUUAUCAGCUUAAAGAAAGGAAGAGGAUAAAACGAGCAGGCGGUUUCAUAAGUUUCAACGGUUCUUGGCGGGUCCAAGGCAUCUUGGCAAUGUCUCGCUCCCUGGGAGAUUACCCUCUCAAGAACCUCAACGUGGUCAUAUCUGACCCUGACAUCCUGUCCUUUGACCUGGAUAAGCUGCAGCCCCAGUUCAUGAUCUUGGCUUCAGACGGCCUGUGGGAUGCUUUCAGCAAUGAAGAAGCUGUGAGAUUCAUCAAAGAGCGUCUCGACGAGCCUCACUUUGGUGCAAAAAGCAUCGUCCUGCAGUCGUUCUACAGAGGAUGUCCUGACAACAUAACUGUAAUGGUGGUGAAAUUCAGAAACAGCAGCAAGACUGAAGACCAGUGAAUCGUGUUUCAAGACAAGACGAGAAGACAGGUUCUUCAGAUUAUGCUGUGCAAAUUUUUAGCAACGUGUGUGAUAGUAAUAGUUAUGGUCAUUGAUAUUCACAUCCAAACAGUCAGUGUAGAUGGCUUGUAGAAACAAUUAAACUGAUUACUGUAGCUGCACAUUCAUUUUAACAGGCUGAGGUCAAAAUGUCAUCCUUUUUAUCUGCAAUUGUUUUCAAUUGUCUUAUAAUAUUUCUAUUAUAUAUAAUAUACUUAUUGUGUUAACAAAAGUGCAAAUUUUAUGUUAUAAUGUGCCACUAAUUGUGAUUACCUUUAGUUUAAAAUGAACCAAUUUAAGCAAUAAUGCAAAAAAAAAACAUUCAGGAACCCUGUUGCUGUUUUAGUGAUCUGUUUUAUCAACUGAGCCAUCAUUGGCACUGAGGAAUUGUGGAUUGAAAAGCUGAAUAAAUCUAAACAGCCCACACGAAAGGGGAGGCAAUUUCACUCACUCCAUGUGGAAGCUAGAAUUAAAUAGAGCUGCAGCUUUGGCCUUAUAUUACUUCCAAGUAUUAAACGUGCUUUGAAACUUGCAAGAACAGGAUGCAGAUACGAUUUCCAAUAUUUUCACAAUGUUUAUCAUUGCAAAAAACCUGUAUUAAAUGACAUAAUGGAGCCCUUAUCCAAUCACCGAGAUUUUCUUAUGGAAAUUGUCAUCUUGGGAAGGUGGAUGAAUAGAAAGACCUGAUCGAAUAAAACUCAAUUAAGAGAAUAUAAAGGGACAUUAUAAAUGGCCUCAGUGGAGGGUUUCCCAGUCCUGAUUGCUGAACAGUGCCCCUUGGAGGACAGUAUAAAUUUGUUGUUGGCUGAGGACAAGACUUGGAUUUAGCCUCGACUUUCCACUGUCCUCUGACACCAUACCCCGGCAAGCAGUCAGAGCCUUCAGGAGGGCUGAAGGAUAAAAGGACACUGGGGAUAAAAGAAUAGUUCAACAGAAUAUAUUUUUACUAAUAGGGGAAAGAACUUAGAAUUUGAAAGUUAUUACGCUGCUAAGAUAGCAAUAUUCCUAUGGUCAUCAUAUGAUUAUUUGAAUUAUAUUUAACGUUCAGUAAUGUAAAUUAUCUUGGUAGCACUUAGAGUAAGUACAAACAGUAUUUCAUACGCAGUCAUUAUUAUAAUUCCAAAUACAAAUAUAUAAAGGAGGUCCCAAUUCGUGAACCUUGUAUCAAUAAAACUUAACAUUAGCUGAUAUACACCUACAGACUUUGAAAGAUAGCCUCAGUAAAAUUUCCUCCACCUGAGCCCUAUCUAAAAUGGAUGUAUUGCAACUGUACUUGUUUAGCUUUCCCCACAGAAAAAUUAAUUCAGAUUAACUGGGGGGAGUGGGGAAGAAUCUAAAAAUGUACAACGAAGCAAUAUGGAGCCCUUGGUGCAGUGUUCUAAACUUGUUUGAAUUGGAGCAAAUUGCAUGGCUGAUUUUUCAGCAUCUGCUAAAUAAUUACCACUUUUUUCAUAUCUGAUAAUAAUCCUCACAAAAACAAGAGUUGGAAAUCUUUUUUAAAUAACAAAUUGUUAGUCCAUGCUUUAUACAGAUUUAGUCACAUUAUAUGCCUCGCUAACUUUUUUUUCUCAGCUAAGUAACUCUCUCUCAACACUUACUGUAAACAUGCUUUACACAUCUCAGUGACGUGACGGGAUUUGGGCUUCACACAAAUUUGUGCCAAAUGAAAAUGAGUGGAUACAGGUUGUUCUUUUGACCUGAUGGAUAUCACUGUCAUCUGUGAUUCCCUCAUAAUAUUUAAAUGUCUUAAUUGAAAACGUUCCGAUUUCUAAUAUUAAAAUGGAAUUGAAAGUGGAUAAGGAAACACUGGAUGAUGCAAAGAAUAAGUUCAACAAUAGUAAAAAUAUAUCAGUCUGCUUUCAUGACUGAAACUUAACAUCCCAAUUCCCAAGCUUUCUGAACAGAAGCGCAGUUCAGGCAUCAAUGUACUUUGAUCAGUUGGUUCCAGCUUCAUCCAUUCUGUUGCCUUAUUAUUAAUUGUAUUUUAUUUCACGUUCAAUGCUUUAUUUGUGUUGAAUCCAAUAGAUUGCAGAGAUGGAGCUUAGGAUAAGUAUAGAAUGAAAUACACAACAAUUUCUUGUUUUAGGUUCUGACAACCUGCAUGGUUCUACAUUUGUCUCUAGGAGACAGUACAGACUGCUAGAAACGAAUCUUUAAUUGUUUUGGAUGUAAAUAAACCAUACUGUCUUAGUUAUUUACUGGGCAACAAAGCGCCAUCCUUUGUAUGCGUAGAUGUACAGUACACAAUUCCAGGACAUUAAUUAUAUUACUAAAGAUCGUAGUUACAUAGAACUAGUGAAAGGAUUAUACAUAUGUACUAACUAUAUGUAAAUCACUGUGAUGAUGAACAUCAGAAACUGAUAAAACUACUGAAAACGUGGGCAAGCAGUUGUGUUGUGCAAAAAAUAAAGAUUGAAAUUUGUAA